AUCAAGAAAGAGAUCAAGCAAAGCAGGAUUAGAGUAACCUCCAAGGUUGUGGAUUUAAUCAAUAAUUCACAGGAUGAUGAUCGCCCCAAAGUUUUAAUAAGUGCAUCAGCAGUUGGUUACUACGGAACCAGUGAGGCUCGAGUGUUUGAUGAGCAAAGUUCGCCAGGAAAUGACUUCUUAGCUGAGGUUUGUAGAGAAUGGGAGGGAGCUGCACUCAAAGUCAAUAAAGAUGUCAGGCUUGCUCUAAUUCGCAUUGGUGUUGUCCUUGGAAAAGAUGGUGGUGCUUUAGCUAAAAUGAUCCCAAUCUUCAUGAUGUUUGCUGGGGGACCUUUGGGGUCUGGAAACCAAUGGUUUUCAUGGAUUCAUUUGGACGACCUUGUAGAUCUAAUAUAUGAAGCUCUAUCCAAUCCAUCCUAUAAAGGGGUGAUUAAUGGAACAGCGCCAAAUCCUGUUAGGCUGGCAGAAAUGUGUGAACAACUGGGAUCUGUUUUAGGGCGACCUUCAUGGCUACCAGUACCAGAAAUUGCACUCAAAGCUGUCCUUGGAGAGGGUGCAUCUGUGGUGUUGGAUGGGCAGAAGGUGGUUCCAACGAGGGCCAAGGAGUUGGGUUUUCCAUUCAAAUACCGAUAUAUCAAAGACGCUCUGAAAGCAAUCAUGUCAUGAGACCAUCAAUCAUCAACCAAUUUUCUAUACAUCUUGAAGUUGUCAACUUCAUAGGGUCCAAAAGAGUAUUGAGUUAAUGCAUUUCAAUGGCGUGGGAGAAAAAUGAAGAAACAAAUAACUGUUCUCCUCCUUGUCUGGGCGUAUCACUUUUUCCUCAUUGUUUUGUAAGUCAUAAUUCAAGUUGUAAACAUCAAGCCUGUUUGAAAAGUAUGUGCACCUUCAUACCGGUCAACGCAAGUCCUCCAUGCGUAUUAUAAAUUGAGUCAUUUACAAUUAACUUUUCAAGAACUCUAGGGCAAAUUCAUAUUGGAAGUUGCAGAUUAGGUGCAAUUGAAUUCAAAUUUUCAACUCAAGCUA